ACAUAUCUAAACUUCAACAAGAUCAGUAAACCCUAAUUUUUAUAAAUCUCUAGCUAUAUACUCUACCAUAUUACAUAAUGUCUAGCCGAAAGUCACGGUCCAGACAAACCGGAGCUUCCAUGUUCACCGAAGACCAAAUCAACGAUCUUGUCCACCAGCUUCAUCGUCUUCUUCCCGAACUUGGUAACACCAGACGCUCCGGAAAGGUCUCAGCAUCAAAAGUAUUACAAGAGACAUGCAGUUACAUAAGGAACUUGAACAAAGAAGUGGAUGAUCUUAGUGAAAGAUUGUCUCAACUUUUGGAAUCAACUGAUUCAGCUCAAGCAGCACUCAUCCGAAGUUUGCUUAUGCAGUAGAAUUAGUGCAAUAAAGAGUUUUUUUUUAUAUUUAUUUUAUAAAUGUCUUCUCAGUUUUAAUUCCCAUUCUUAUUGUAUUGAUCAUUGAUUUUGGCGUUUGUGUUCUCUGUUAUGUAAUGUUUUCAUUUAUUUA